AUGUACAUACGAACAUUACCAUCCCCCAAGUAUUGCCCCCUCUCACCCAUCACCAUCGCAAAUCACACCCCUUCAUCAAAACCCCAUCUCUCUCCCUCACACCACUAUUCCUCUUCUAUCACAAUACACCCUCCCACUCCCUACAUACCCGCAUUCCUCACCCUCCCCCCCCUGCCCUUCCUCCCAUUCCUCCGACCCUUUGACGUAAUUGCAAACCACUCACUCCGUUGUCCCCCUUACAUGACUAUCCUCGAUAACACCCUCCAUUCCUCUAUACCCUCCCCCACCCCCUCACCCCACCCCCCCUCAACCCACCCUCCCAAAGUCACCCCACCCCCCCGCACACCACCACUCGCCUCUCCCUCUCUCACUCCUAUCACGCAGCUCACCCUAUCCCCAUCUCACUCACCGAAACUCCACCCCCCCGCCCCUCCAACCCUUCCCCCCCCCUUUCUUACUACCCCUUACCCCCCCCCCCCCCCCCCCCCCCCCCCCCCUUUCUCCACUAUGUGUGGCAAACUUUCCCAACCCCUUCCACCACCACUCGACCAUCUCCACACCAUAGCUCACAAACAAACAAUGCAUUCCCCUGUCCCUCCCACGGUCUAA